AUGGCAGGCCAUUCACAUUGGGCGGGCAUUAAGCAUAAAAAGGCCGCGAUCGACGCCAAGCGAGGGAAAGUUUGGAGCAAGCUGUCUAAGGCGAUCAUCGUCGCCGCCAAGAUGGGCGGUGCGGACCCGGACGCCAACCUGCGUCUCCGCUAUGCGAUCAACGACGCCAAGGCGAUCUCGAUGCCCAAGGACAACAUCGAGCGCGCCAUCAAAAAAGGCGCGGGCGACAGUGACGGGGACAACUACGAGGAGAUCAUCUACGAGGGCAUGGGGCCGUCGGGCGUCGCGUUCAUGUGCGAAAUCCUUACCGACAACCGCAACCGGACGGCGCCUGAGAUCCGCAAGAUAUUCGAGGUCUGCGGCGGUAAGCUCGGCGCCACUGGCUGUGCGGCAUGGAUGUUCGAGCGGAAAGGUCUGCUGGUGAUUGCAGCGAGUCAGACCGAUGAGGAGUCGCUCAUGGAGCUUGCACUCGAGGCGGGCGCCGACGAUGUCAGGCACGAGGGCGACCAGUUCGAGGUCACUUGCCCGGUCGACGCCUACAACGACGUCUGCAGCGCAGUUGAAGCGGCCGGAUUAGCGACCGAGAGCAGCGAAAUCACAUUCCUUCCCAACGACUACGUCGACGUCGAAGGCGACGACGCCAAACAGGUGCUGAAGCUUAUGGAACGCCUCGACGAUCACGACGACGUCCAGAAGGUAAGCUCUAACUUCAGCAUCGACGAAUCGGUAAUGGCGGAGCUCGAAGGCUAA